UUGAGCAUAAGGUGACAUCACCUGGCGGUACGUGACUUGAUUAAAAACGCGCUUAGGUAUAAGGUACAGUGAUUUUAAAAUGUUCAAUGCGUAUCCGUAAGACAAAUUGGUGUCUCAAUCGGUUCAUUUUCAUCCAAAGCAGAAGUAGCAUUUAACACUGCCAUGGAGGGAAGCGUUAUAAACGAGGGAUUUGAGAUGUCGGAACAAAAGGAAAAUAUUAAGUACCUCGAUGUCCCUGCUACUAAUGGAACUUCACCUAGUGUAGAAAAGCGACAGGGUUUUAAGGGAUCCACUGAGAAAAGUGAUGACGGUCAGCGCGUGCUUCCCGCCAUUUCUACAACCAUUCAAAAAGAGGAAGCAGAAACUGAACAGACGACGACAGAUCUGAUCUAUAAGAUCAGUUCCUAUGUUCCUCCACAUCUCACUCUUAUGUUUGCCUUCCAGCAAGCCCUGUUGUCUAUAUCGGGCUCCCUGGCUGUGUCCCUACUAGUGGCCGAGGUGGUAUGUGCUGAGGACAACGAUGAAUUUAAAGCCAAACUUCUCAGUUCCACAUUGUUUAUGAAUGGUCUUACCACCUUCUUGAUGGUCACACUUGGUAUACGAUUACCGUUGUAUCAGGGCGCUACCACUGAUUACGUGGCACCACUACUCGCUAUGUCACAGCUAGACACAGGCAGAUGUAACGGUACCCGGCCAAUCACUGUUUUCAACAACAUUACAAACACAACGGAGACAAAAUUCCCAGAGGGUUCCGACGAAAUUAUACUUCACUCAAUACAAGCAUUACAAGGCAGUUUAUUGGCCGCUGGUGCUGUCCAUUUUUUGUUAGGAGCGACUGGAUUGGUUGGAUUUUUGCUGCGAUUUAUUGGACCAAUAACUAUCGUCCCAACCAUUCUUCUCAUUGGUAUAUACAUGACAAAAGCAGUAAUAAAGUUUGCCCAAGUCAACUGGCCGCUGUCUUUGAUGACAUGUGCCAUAGCCAUUAUACUCUCCUUGUACUUAGCUAAGAUGAAAACUCCCUUACCGAUGUGGUCAAGGAAGAAAUCCUGGCAUGUCAUUCGCUACCCACUUCAUCAGGUGUUCGCUAUCCUGAUAGCGUUGGUGGUAGGUUGGGUGAUGUGUGCAGUCCUUACGACGGCCGGGAUGUUCAGUAUGGACAGGGAUCAUAAGGACUUCUACUCCCGAACAGAUGCAAGGACGGACAUUGUCCAAAGAGCUAGCUGGUUCCACUUUCCGUACCCCGGUCAGUUUGGACCAAUGAGGUUUGACGUCUCAGUGUUUGUUGGCUUUAUGGUGGCAACUAUUGUUUCCAUCCUUGAUUCCAUUGGCGAUUACUACGCAUGUGCCUCAAUCUGCAAAGUCCCUCCUCCCCCUGCACACGGUGUUAACAGAGGUAUCGCCAUCGAGGGGUUCUGCUCCGCGUUAUCUGGUGUUAUCGGGUGUGGGCAUGCCACCACCACUUACGGAGGUAACAUCGGAGCUAUCGGACUGACACGGGUAGCCAGCCGUUACGUAUUCAUGGCAGUUGCACUUAUCUAUAUCAUAUUUGGUCUCAUCGGGAAAGUAUCCGCCGUUUUCAUCACCAUACCGUAUCCGGUGCUAGGUGGCGUUCUCAUGGUCAUGUUUGGUGCCUUCAAUGGAGUAGUUCUGUCCAAUCUGCAGGCUGUCAGUCUAUCAUCCACUCGGAACCUCACCAUCAUAGGUACAGCCCUGUUCGUAGGCUUGAUGGUACCUCAGUGGGUUAAAGACUACGACAAGCCUAUCAACACAGGAAACAAAGACGCAGAUGAUGUGAUUACGAUGUUGCUAGGCAACCCAAACCUAACGGGAGGUGUACUUGCCUGCUUCCUUGAUAAUACAAUACCUGGUACGAGGGAAGAGCGGGGCCUUGCGGCCUGGGAAGCUCUAGAAGAUAAUCCAUCGGCAAAUUAUUCGGAGGGUUACGAGGUAUACAACCCUUUGUUCUUUGACAAAGUGAAGCACUUCAAGAUACUCAAAUUUCUGCCUUUCAUGCCUGCUCCACAAGUCAAGGGCUUAAAAAGAAAGAGAUUCUUGUCCCUAGAUCUGGGAAACCACCAUGGCAUGACCGGCGCCUAUACUACUACAAGAUGAGGGCAACUGCUUUUCUAUUA